AUGCGGCAGGCUGCUCUCUGCCGUGCCAGGCCACUGCAGCUAUCGAAAUCAUAUGCCUGCAGAGAGUCUGUCUCGUGGUCGACACACCGUCACAUCUCGCAAACUGCUGCCGCGAGAAACAGCCCUUCUUCUACAUCAUGGCAUGAACACGCCGCGAGCAUACGUGCCGGCCACAAGAAGAGCUUGUUGACCAUACUGGAGGAGCGUGGUUAUGUCAAGGACCUGGCUGGUGAUCGUAAUGCUCUCAACAAACUGCUCACCGACAAACAAAUCGGUGCCUAUUCUGGCAUCGACCCCACUGCGCCAUCGCUCCAUCUGGGACAUCUGCUGCCCAUGAUGGUGCUGUUCUGGAUGUAUAUUCAUGGCCACAAGGCCGUUUCCAUCAUCGGAGGUGCUACUGCCAAGGUUGGCGACCCCACUGGACGUUUGACUAGUCGACAAGAGAUGGACAGAAACACAAGAACUUCAAACCUGGUCUCGUUACAUAGUUGUGUGCGAGCCAUGUGGAAAAGCGUUGACGUAUAUGCUGAGAGACACGGCUAUAAAAAGGACCAAACUUGGUCCAAGAGUAUACAAAACAACUCGGUCUGGUUGAGCAAGCUGAGCAUCAUCGACUUCUUGUCUGAUGCUGGUACUGUCGCUAGAAUGGGUGCCAUGCUGGGUAGAGAUACUGUCAAGAACAAGAUGGCUCAAGGUGAUGGUAUGUCUUAUGCUGAAUUCACCUACCCCCUCCUGCAGGCCUACGAUUGGUGGCAUCUGUAUCAAUCUGGUGUCCAGGUUCAGAUUGGUGGCUCCGAUCAGUACGGCAACAUUGUCGCUGGCAGCGAUCUCAUCAAACACUUGACCCCUAGAUCGUCUACGUCGCCAGAAACCAAGCAGCUGUCAGGUCCUUUUGGUCUCACAGUACCUCUGUUGACUACAGCAGCCGGUGCCAAAUUCGGCAAGAGUGCUGGAAACGCCAUUUGGCUCAACAAGACCAUGACUAGCCCCUUUGAGUUGUACGGUUUCCUCGUCGGCUCUGCUGACGCUGAUGUCGAGCGCUAUCUGAAGCUCUUCACCUUCCUCCCUUUGGACCAGAUCUCGGCUGUCAUGGCUGAGCAUGAGGCAGAUCCAGGUCAACGCAAAGCUCAGCACCUUCUAGCACGCGAAGUCGUCGACCUUGUUCAUGGUUCAGAGGAAGCUGAAAACACACAGAGUCAACACAAGCUCUCUCGCCGACCGAAUCUGCAAUCUUUGCAAGCCAAGGCAGAGGGCGGUAAAGAAGGUCUCGACCGUGUCUAUCUACCCCAUAGUUUGGUACACAACAAGCUACCAGCACGUAUCUUGUAUCAUGCUGGCCUGGCCAAGAGCAACAGUGACGGCACUCGCAUGGUCAACUCUGGUGGCGCCUACAUCGGCGGUCAGUCUGAGACGAACAAGUCUGAGGGUGAACUCGAGUUCCGUUCGUUGAAGGGCGUCACGGCUUCAGCAGUCGCAGAGAUGAUUGAGAAGAGCAACGUGCUUGUCCUUCGAACAGGCAAGUGGAACGUCAAGCUCAUUGAAGUCAUCAGCGAUGUCGAGUAUGAGCAGAAGGGUCUCAGUGCCCCAGGCUGGGAAGAGAUUCUGGCGGCGAGGGACCAAACAUUGCCGUGA